AUAGAACACUCUUCUAGUCUCCUAGUCUUCUUCUACUACAAAGUACAAAGCAGUGUUCGUCAACUAUCUUCUUCUCACUCUGUUUUCGUUUAGAGAGAUUUUGCAGAGAUGUCGAGACGAGCAAUGGUGAUAAAGAUGCCAAUACUUAUGAUACUGAUUUCAUCAAUGGUGAUGACGAUGGUCGAGUCUUCGAGAUCAGUUAAUAAUGGUCAUGACGAUUCUGAGAUCUUACGAAGACACUUGCUCACUAAUGGCCUCGGAGUCACUCCUCCCAUGGGGUGGAAUAGCUGGAACCAUUUUAGCUGCAACAUAGAUGAAAAAAUGAUCAAAGAAACUGCUGAUGCUUUGGUUACCACUGGCCUCUCUAAGCUUGGCUACAACUAUGUUAACAUCGAUGAUUGCUGGGCUGAAAUUUCUCGUGACAGCAAGGGAAGUCUGGUGCCAAAGAAGUCAACUUUCCCUUCUGGAAUUAAAGCGGUUGCGGAUUAUGUUCACAGUAAAGGCCUUAAGCUUGGGAUUUACUCAGAUGCCGGGUAUUUCACUUGCAGUAAAACCAUGCCAGGUUCUUUAGGCUACGAGGAGCAUGAUGCCAAGACAUUUGCAGAAUGGGGAAUUGAUUACUUGAAGUAUGACAACUGCAACAGCGAUGGCUCUAAACCUACUGUCAGGUAUCCAGUGAUGACUCGAGCUCUGAUGAAAUCUGGCCGCCCCAUCUUUCACUCAUUGUGUGAAUGGGGAGAUAUGCAUCCAGCUCUAUGGGGAUCUCCAGUAGGCAACAGUUGGAGAACCACUAAUGACAUUAAAGAUACUUGGCUUAGUAUGAUCUCAAUAGCAGACAUGAAUGAAGUCUACGCUGAGCAUGCAAGACCUGGUGGCUGGAACGACCCGGAUAUGCUUGAAGUGGGAAAUGGAGGGAUGACAAAAGACGAGUACAUAGUCCAUUUCAGCAUAUGGGCAAUCUCAAAGGCUCCUCUUCUACUUGGUUGUGACAUAAGAAACAUGACCAAAGAAACAAUGGAGAUUGUCGCCAACAAGGAAGUCAUUGCUAUUAAUCAAGGUACUUGAUUACUGUUUAGCCAUCAUAUGUCCUCUUUGAACCAUGUUUGAAUAUAUACUUUUAAGAAAAUAGAAACCGUUUCUUGUAGAUCCACAUGGUGUUCAGGCCAAGAAAGUUAGAAUGGAAGGCGAUCUCGAGGUUUGGGCAGGACCAUUGUCAGGUUACAGAGUAGCUUUGCUUCUAUUGAACCGUGGACCAUCGCGAACUUCGAUUACUGCUCUUUGGGAGGAUAUUGAGAUCCCUGCAAAUAGCAUCGUUGAAGCCAGAGAUCUAUGGGAGCACCAGACAUUGAAGCAAAAGUUUGUGGGGAACUUGACAGCAACAGUGGAUUCUCAUGCGUGUAAGUUGUAUGUUCUCAAACCUGUUGCCUGAAAAUACAUGUGUAUAGAGAGAGUUAGUGUGGCUACGUCACGUUGUAUUCUCCAGUUAUUCUGUAAAAACAAUAAGGGUUCGUCUCAAAUUAAAUCUCCACAGAUGUUCUCCAAUAAAUUGUUCGAAACGAAAAUUUUGUCCAUAUAAUAAUGAAAACUCUUCGCUUUUUUAAUA